AUGGACGACGACCAGGAGUCGUCACCUCAUAUGGAGCACUCAAGGUCAUCGCCCAAAUCCGCAGCACGUCGGCGCAGACCACCGCUGUCAUGUACCGUGUGUAGACGGCGAAAGCUCAAAUGUGAUCGAGCAUUGCCAUGCAGCCAGUGCAUCAAGUCCAAGACUCCAGAUCAGUGCAUCUAUGUAGGACCUCAGGCUGGCUCGCUAUCAAGCGUCCGACGCGCUGAAAAUCGAGACACAACUGUCAAUGACCGUGCUCGGGCGUCCACAGAUCGCGGCAGUCCUGUUUAUAGCGGUGUCUAUGUUUUCGAUUCCAAACACCAACCUUUUCCGACGAGGGUUACAAAGCCUAAAAGUCGCUCUGAUGAGAUGCAGGAGCUGCGUAACCGAGUCCUGACAUUAGAAAAUGCACUGGCAAAGGCCAGCUCGAUUCAAACUCCAGAGACCCUGGGGACCGUACCCUCGAUCGUCUCAGAAUUGGGACACCGUACAACGGGAGACGAACGCUACCUCAGCGAAGACAUCCGGUCUCUCCCAUGGGCGUCCUUUCGGGGGAAAAAGUCUAAUACUAGGUACUGUGGUCGCUCGCACUCUGUCUUGGCCCUUUCAUUCUUCCGGGAUGUGGGUGAUUUCUUGAGGCAGCGCAAAUCCAAACAUAAGAAAGAUUCCGAGUUUGGAUCAUUGAAACAAUUUCAGAAAGAAAUGUGGCUCAAGCAAAGACAAGAACAGCAGCAACGUGUGCGUCAGGAGCAGGUUUCUUCUUUCGUGGACCUGCUUCCUCCUCGCCGAGUUGCUGACGAGCUAGUCCAGUUGUACUUGUCCAAUUUUGAAACCACAUAUCGCAUCCUCCAUAUACCAACCUUUCUCAAGCAGUACGAAGACUACUGGAUUGCACCGCAGAAUCCCGACAUGGUUUUCUUGGCGAAGCUUUUGCUUCUAAUGGCCGCUAGCAGUUGUUUUUACGGCCCAACAACAAAGAUCAACGGCAAAGAUUCACUGGCGAGUACUGCAAUACAUUGGACUGAAGCUGUUCAGACAUGGAGCGCAACGUCAUUUGCGACUCGAAACACCAACUUUGAUAUGUUGCAAAUCCAUUGUCUGUUGUUGAUUGCGCGCCAAGCGAUCGCUUUUGAUGGGGAUACCAUUUGGAUAUCAUCUGGCUCAUUGAUACGAUUAGCCAUGUCCAUGGGCUUGCAUCGGAACCCGUUGCGCUUUCAGAAGCUGUCUAGAUUCUGGGCAGAAAUGCGCCGCCGUUUGUGGGCUACCAUACUGGAGUUAGACCUACAAUCAUCGAUGGAUGGAGGGAUGCCGCCAACGAUUGACCUGGAGGAGUACGACUGCGAUCCACCGUCCAACUAUGAUGACGCAGAUCUGAUCGAAAGUAUGACAGAAGAUCCCCCGCCCAAAGAUCCCGACAUCCUCACUCGGAGCAGCUUUCAGGUUCUACUUUCGCGUUCAUUGCCCGUGCGAGUACACAUAGCAAAGCUCGUGAAUCGCCUGAGAUUCACAAUCUCCUAUGACGAGGCUCUGCGCUUGAGCGAGGAACUCAUGCAGUCUCUGAAUGAUGCUUUGGAACUGUUCCCGAGCGACGGAUAUCCGUCGCAUAUACCCGGCGUUGAGAAUCCCGCAUUCACGAAGUCGUAUUUCAUUUUCCUAAUACGGAGGCAUUUGCUAGCCCUCCAUCGCCCUUUUUGCCUCAGUAUCAUGCGAACUCCUAAAUUCUCCUAUUCACGAAAGAUUUGCCUCGACUCGGCUCUGGAUAUGCUCUCCUUGCUGGAGGCCCCUCUUGACGUUGCCGAAGCACGGCCUCAUCCUCAUCUUGGACAUUUGACCGGCGGAAUGUUCCGUGAAGAGCUAUUCCAUGCGUCGAUAAUGGUGUGCGUGGAGCUAGUUCUGCAGGCUGACGAGUAUUCGCGGUCAAAGUCCAUGCUCUCAGGCCAAGGCAGCGUCUUAAGUUCUCUCAACGACAUGGCGGAAUCCCAGCAAGCGGUCAUGGUACGUGCAGUUGAAAACACCCUCAGUGUCUUCGGCAGUCGCAUUGCACCAGGUGGAAGGGGUUGUAAGCCAUACCUCUUCCUAAGUCUCACACUUGCAUCUGUCAAGGCGCGCUUGAAAGGGGAGGAUCCCUUCAUGACUAUGGAUCAAGCUGGUACAAACGCCAUCAGAGACUGCCAUUUACUGAUGAGCGGGGUGCCUUGGGCCGACGUACGCAAGCAAGAUGAAAACAGCACAAAGGAAGUGAGUGAUUGCAGUUUCGCAACACAGCGGCUAUUCACUGAUACACAACUAGGCUAG